GAGGAGGUAAAUUUAGCUAUAGAAAACCUUAAAAACAACAAAGCUCCCGGUCACGAUAAUAUACUAAACGAGCUACUAAAAUAUGGUAAAGAUACUUUACUACCCUACCUAACUAGGUUAUUCAACAUCAUUCUUAGGUCAGGAGUGUUUCCACAAGAAUGGAAUCUGGGUUUUAUUAUUCCAAUUUUCAAAAAAGGCGAUCGCUCUGACGUCAACAAUUAUAGAGGAAUAACACUUUUAUCAUGCCUCAGUAAGUUAUUUACAUCUAUACUUAAUUCAAGACUCUAUGACUACCUUGUGCAGAAAGGAUAUCUAAAGAAGGAACAAGGGGGGUUUAGGAAAAAACACUCAACAGUAGACAGUAUAUUUAUUCUGAAAACCGUUAUCGACAGAGUAGUAAAAAGCAAGCCCAAGAAGAAAAACAAUAUGCUUUUCACUUGCUUCAUAGACUUCCGAAAGGCCUUUGACAGCAUUCCUAGAGAUAAACUAUUUGCGAAAAUACAACAAGCUGGUAUUUCUGGAAACUUUUACGAAGUUCUAAGAUCAAUGUACUCCAAUGAUAUAUCGUGUGGGAAGAUAGGGGAUUCAAUUAGUGAAAGUUUUAGAUGCAUGGUUGGGGUAAAACAAGGAUGCAUGUUGAGUCCAACUCUUUUUAAUCUGUUCCUUAGCGAUUUACCUGAUACCUUAGCGAAAUCUUCAAGUGCCCACAUCUUAGGCAACACAAAAUUAAAUUGUCUUCUGUAUGCAGACGACUUAGUACUUUUCUCGGAAACAAGUAGUGGUCUGCAAGACCUUUUAAAUAGACUUUCUAUCUACUCAGAAGAAAAUAGUCUAAAAGUCAAUACUUCAAAAACUAAGGUGAUGAUUUUUAAUAACAUAGGCAAAGUAAUGAAUAACUAUCAAUUCCUUUUGAACAGGGAACAAUUGGAAAAUGUCAAAUCUUAUAAGUACCUAGGGCUAGUAUUCAGCGCGGUAGGAAACUUUAACUUAGCAAAAGAGGAGCUUAAAAAAACCGCACUCAAAGCUUUAUUUAAGUUAAGGAAAGAUCUCGGUAUUCACUUCAGAUCAGACAUUAAUCUUACAUUAAAACUGUUUGAUGCACUGAUCAAACCAAUUUUAUUGUAUGGCAGCGAGGUAUGGGGUGCCGAUAAUAAAAGCUGUGUUGAUGAUAGAGAUCCGCUUGAAUCAGUACAUCUUAAAUUCUGUAAAAUGUUACUAGGAACUGGAAAAACGGCUGUGAACAAUGCGUGCAGAGGGGAACUAGGCAGAUAUCCUCUUUGUAUAAAUGCAACAUAUAGGAACAUAAAAUACUGGAUCAACCUUCGGUCAAAAGAAGAGGCCCUCUCAAAAGUAGUUUAUACAGAGUGUGUAAAUAACCCUCACGUGUCCUACUGGACCCACAAAACAAAAGAAAUAAUUUUCAAAGCGGGUUUUGGGUUUAUGUGGCUCUAUCAAAAUGAAACCGACCCUACAUUGUUCCUUGAUAUUUUCUCUAAACGACUUAAUGAUAUGUAUUUUCAGAAAUGGCAUGGGGAAAUUUUCAAUGACCAAAGGAAAAACAGUAACGAAAUGAACAAACUAAGAACUUAUAGAACUUUUAAAGACAAAUAUGAAUUAGAGAAUUACCUUGUAGCCAUCCCUAAUGUGAAACAUAGAGUUGCGCUAACAAAACUAAGAAUAAGUAAUCACCAAUUGCAAAUUGAGAAAGGCAGACACACGAGGCCUUACACAAAGGAAAAAGAUCGGAUUUGCCCAACAUGCAAAAAUGACGUGGAAAAUGAAUUUCACUUUCUAGUACAAUGCCAAACAUACAAAGAGCUACGAAACUCAGUUAUCCAAAAUUUGCAGCGCAAUCAAAUUACACAAAAACGCCUUUUCAAUUUACUAAUAAAUCCGCCAACUCAAUUAGCAGGGAUAGCUGCAAGGUACAUUUCCGAAUGUUUCAAGCUAAGGGAAACGCUAAUAGGGGAAAAAAGGGAAGAAAAAAAGAAAAAAGAAAAUACAAUGUAAAACUAAGUAGUAACUAAAAACAA